AUGAGCCCAUGCCGUCGAGUUUCCCUGCUUCUCAUCUGCUCUCUGCUGGCAGGGACUGUUUUGCGAAAUGGAGCAGCCAGAGAACUACGUUGCCAGUGCAUCAACCUGCAUUCCGGCAAGCUGAACAGGAAGCUCCUGGCUCAGCUAACUGUCUACCCAGCAGGACCUCACUGCGCCAAUAUUGAAGUCAUGGGGUUGCCCCACCGGCACGAUUUAAAAACCUGGUGGAGGGCUGGAGGCCUGCAGAUCACGCUGGAAGGCGCCCCGAGGAAAGCCAUCAUGAGCCCGCGCCGUCCGGUUUCCCUGCUUCUCCUCUUCUGUCUGCUGGCAGGGACCGUUUUGCAAAGCCGAGCAUCCAUGGAACUACGCUGCCAGUGCAUCAACCUGCAUUCCGGCAAGAUCCAUGGAAAACUCCUGUCUCAGCUAACUGUCUACCCAGCAGGACCUCACUGCGCCAAAGUGGAAGUCAUAGCCACCACAAUAAAGGGGAGAGAAAUCUGUCUGAAUCCAGAGGCGCCCCGGGUCAAGCUGGCUAUCCAAAAGAUCCUUGGAGAGAAUAAUGAAAGCUACCAUCUCUGAAGAAAGCAGUUCCACGUGGAUGAAUAAAACAGAUAUUGCUGACUUCCAGAAAGGAAGAAGUCAAGUGGGAGCUAGUGAAAGAAAGAGCUGGAAAGCAAAUCCCGCCUUUCCUGUCGUCGAUAGCAGAGCCACUGUUUGGAGUGUUUCCCGCUAUUUAUUAUUGAGCCUGGUUUUUAAGUAUUUAUUUGACGUAUUUAUUCCUCACUCUCAAAUGCAUUUGUUCAGUUCGACAGCUCUAGGGUUCUGCAGUUAAUGCAUGCUGUGUAAUCAAAGGAGGCAGAACAUAUGUGUCAAAGCAUCCAGCUGACAGACAGUUAAUUCUAAUGGGGAGUCUUCUUGCACAAGCCCUCUAGAAAUUAAUGGGUGCUGCCUCAGAGCACUAUUGCGUGGCCCUUGCAGAAGAGAACUUCUCACGGAAUGGCGCCCAGUGUUGUUACUUUACAAGUGGGCAAAAGGAACCUCCCUAUAAAUUAAGAUCUUCCUUUGCGGCCUUGUGCCUCCCCUUUUCAAGUAAGAUUGGGGUGAGCAAAUACCUGAGAGAGGGCACUGUUUAUCGUUGCACCAGAAAACUCCUUUUCUCAGGACAGCUGUUUAUUCCCCAGUUCAGAGCCAGAGAGGUGGUUUUCAGAAAGUGUUUGGGUUGCUCUGACCUGUUUAAUUUAUAUUUCUGUAAUAAUUUAUGGCUGGGAGUGUUGCUGUUGACACUUUCUAUGAUGGUCUGUGGGGCUUCUGUUGGUCUUAUUAUUUCUAGGAAACAAAGGCAGGUUGGGGCAUAAAUCCAAACUCGUCCUCCUCUUUUUCCUCUUUCCUGUUUCUGUGAUUUUUAAAAAAUAUAUUGCAGAAUAAUGUUUUAAAUGGCCUAAUGGUCACUUUAUGAAUCUUUGUAUCAUAACAUGGGUUAAUAAUAUUUUAAUAUAAACAUAUAUAUAUUUAUAUAUAUAUAUAGUUAUAUAAAUAUACACACACACACACACACACAGUUAUGGCUAUGGUCAUAUCUGGGGAGAUGUAUUCUCUACAUUAGGGUUACUAAGCCAUGCCAGAGUCUAGCGCACUAAAUGUUGUACCCUUGUAUGCAGACUAGGGCAGAUAAUCACAACUGUAGCAUCUAUAUCAAGAUGGGCCAACUACCUGCCAGUGGAGCUAAUGUUGGGUUAGGUCCAACCAUCAUUCUCACUCAAGUUUACUUAAGUUCCCAUCUUUACUGCAUCUCUUGCCCUACUUCACUUUUGUCAAGGCAUACCGCAUGAUCCACAGUGUUUUUGGUAAUCAAAGGGACUGGCCUCCAUUUUUCCCCCAGUAGAAAGCUGGGCGGAUCCAACCCAUUGUGUACACUUAUUCCAAUGUUGGUUUUAUGAAAUGGGUGUGCACAGCCCAUGGCCGCUCCGUGGGCUAGCCGUAUCUCAAGGCACGAGGUCUUUCCUGAAGUCAACUUGGCUUGGUGUAGAAGCAGAUUAGCCUUUCAGUUGCAAACUGUGCCAUCUGAAGCAGAGUCACAGCUGUCUACGUUCCCUUGACCCUGACACGGAUCGCCCAGGCUAGUCUGAUCUCCUGAGAUCUUUGAAGCUAAGCAGAGUCAGUUAGGAUUCGGAUGGGAGAUCUCCAAGGAAGUCCCGGGUUGCUACACAGAGGCAGGUAGUGGCAAGCCAAUUCUGAUUGUGUCGGCUGUGACUUGACAGCUUGACCACCAAGUGCUAUUGAAGUCAUGGAUUUAGAAGGGUGAAAGUUCCUUAGGAUGGCACUGAAAGAACGGACACAAUAGAUGGGGUACAAAAAUCCAGAAUGGUUAAAAGGGAAAGAUUGAAAGAGGCUCACAUUGUAUACAUGGCUAACGGCAAUAUCCAACUUUGGCAAAGUUUCAAUAAGAGCUUUCUUAGCAUCUCCUAAGUAUUCUAAAGCUCUACGAAUAAUUAUUUCUAUUUAUGUAGAAAUGUUAAA